AUGUGCAAGCCCCACUUACUGAGAUGCCUCAUCUUACUCUGCUAUUUGGACGUUUUCUCUGGGUCAUUUCUGAGUGAUGCUAACAAAGUUGGCAAAGUACUCGUUCAUGAAAAUAACAAUGUUGUGGAAAUUGUGCAGUGCCGGAUGUGCCACCUCCAGUUCCCUGGAGAAAAUUGCACCAGAGGAAGAGGAAUAUGUACUGCAACAACGGAAGAGGCCUGUAUGACUGGAAAAAUGUUCAAAAAGGAUGGUACCAUGUGGUUAAUCUUCAUGGGCUGCUUAAAGAACUGUGCUAAUGUGAAAAAAAUAAAAUGGGGCUCCUAUCUGGUGGACUUCAUGUGCUGCCGGGGCCAUGACAUGUGCAAUGAAAGGUUUUAA